AUGGGAAUUUUGGUUGUGCAAUUUGUUCUGAUAUACUCUUUCUGUAAUGCAAUGUUCAUUUUCUGUUCUAGCUCCUCCAUGCAACUAGACCAUCCCUUAACCACGAGACUGGAAGGAAAUGAGUCGGAUAGGCUGGCACUACUAGCAAUCAAAGCUCAAAUACAACACGAUCCGAACCAGGUCACAAGCUCAUGGAAUGAAUCCCUUCAUUUUUGCCUAUGGCACGGCGUCACAUGCAGUCGAAAACAUGACCAAAGAGUGGCAAAGCUGGAGCUCAUGUCUCUAACGUUGGUGGGAUCCAUAUCUCCACAUAUAGGAAACCUAAGCUUCUUGAGAGUGCUAAAUCUCAAGAACAACAGCUUCAAUCAUCAAAUUCCACCUCAAAUUGGGCAGUUGCGUAGAUUGCAGGUAUUGCUUCUACACAAUAACUCGCUUUCUGGCACCAUUCCUUCCAAUAUAUCCAACUGCAUCCAACUCGUCACUCUCUUCCUCAGUAGAAAUAAUCUAGUGGGUAGAAUUCCUCCAAAACUGAGUUCCUUGUCAAAGCUUAAGAGUUUUGUUUUGCAAAACAACAAUUUAACAGGAGAGAUCCCUCCUUCUUUGGGGAACCUUUCGUCUCUCGAGGCGAUUGGUUUAGGGUAUAACAACUUAGAAGGAAGCAUCCCAAGUGUUCUAUGCCGGUGGAAAAAAUUAACAAUUUUCUCUCUAGCCAUAAAUAGGUUGUCUGGUAUCAUCCCUCCCUGCAUUUAUAAUAUCUCUGGUAUAGUUCAAUUCGAGGUUUUAUCAAACCAAAUUCAAGGAACUCUUCCUUCAAACUUGGGCACUACAGCUUUUCCCAACCUCCAGAUCUUUUCUGUUGAUGAGAAUCAAUUUACCGGAGCCAUCCCUUGGUCAAUAUCGAAUGCAACAAAUCUUGUGUGGUUCCAAUGUUCAUCAAACAAACUCACUGGACAGGUACCAAAUUUACAAAACCUUCAUAACCUUGUGGUAUUCAAUGUCCAAGAUAAUAAUCUUGGAACCGGUAAACAUGGAGACUUGAGUUUUGUCUCAGAAUUGAUCAAUGCCACAAGUCUAACUUGGUUGGGGUUCAGCCAUAACAACUUUGGAGGGACGUUGCCCACAUCAAUAUCUAAUCUCUCAACCAAUCUCCAAAUGAUUUUUCUUCAAGGAAACCGCCUAGAGGGAAGCAUUCCAACUGGUUUAGGAAAUCUUGUGAACUUGCUAGGACUACUUAUGGGUGAAAACAACUUCACAGGUAGCAUCCCCAGAGAUAUUGGGAAAGUUUCGAGGCUCCAGGAAAUUUAUCUUGGGAACAACAAAUUAUACGGGAGCAUUCCAUCUUCUCUUGGAAAUUUAACAGAGUUAACCAUUCUUCACUUGCAAGGAAAUAAUCUCAAUGGCAGCAUUCCUUCAAGCCUAGGAGAAUGUCACCAGUUGCUAGAGUUGGAUCUUUCUCAUAAUAACUUGGAUGGCAAAGUACCUCAACAAUUACUUAUCGGUCUCCACUCUUUGUCGAUUUCCUUAAACUUGUCAAAAAACCACUUUACUGGUUCCCUCCCCUUUGAUAUUGGAAAGUUGAAGAAUCUAGCUGCACUAGACGUUUCUUACAACAUGUUAUCAGGACAACUUCCCAGUAGCCUUGGAAGUUGUGAGAGUUUAGAAGUCCUAUACAUACAAUGUAACUUCUUGGAAGGGCUCAUUCCUUCAUCUCUAUCCUUCAAUCAGUUUUGGGGAGCAGUACCAACAGAGGGUAUCUUCAGGAAUGCAAGUGCAACUUCAGUUCUUGGAAACACAAAACUCUGCGGCGGCAUUGCUAGUCUUGGACUUCCAGUGUGCAACUUCAAAGAGUCUAAAGGAGGAGAAUUGUCUCAUAGAAUGAAACUAGUGAUCUUUUUGACUUCCGGGUUCACUCUGCUGGGAUUGGGUGUGGUGCUUGCUCUCAUCUUUCUUCGUAAGAGAAGGAAAGAAACUGAAGUAAGCACUUUUGAGAACUCCGGUUUGCCGGUUUCAUAUGCUACUCUUCUAAAAGCUACAGGCGGGUUCUCUUCAGUUAAUUUGAUUGGUGUAGGUGCUUUUGGGUCUGUUUACAAAGGAAUUCUUUCUGAUGAUAAAGUUGUUGUUGCUGUCAAGGUGCUUAACAUGUUACACCGGGGAGCAUCUAAGAGCUUCAUGGCCGAAUGUGAGGUGUUGAGAAAUAUCAGGCAUCGGAAUCUAGUCAAGAUCUUAACUGCAUGUUCAAGUAUAGAUUUCAGCGGUAAUAGUUUCAUGGCUCUUGUUUACGAGUUCAUGGAGAAUGGUAGCUUGGAGGAUUGGUUGCAUCCAUCCACUGGAAAUGAAGAACUGUUAGAAGCACCCAAAAGUUUAAGUCUUGUUCAGAGGCUUGACAUUGCCAUUAAUAUUGCUUGUGCAUUGGAUUAUCUUCACAAUCAUUGUGAAACACCGAUAGUUCAUUGUGAUCUGAAGCCAAGUAAUGUUCUUUUGGACAAAGAUUUGACUGGACAUGUUUCUGACUUUGGGCUGGCAAGGUUUCUCCAGGAAUCGACCAAUGUCUCUAGAAAUCAAUCACGCUCCAUCGGAAUCAGAGGAUCAGUUGGUUAUGUCGCUCCAGAGUAUGGUAUGGGAAGUGAAGUUUCAACAUAUGGGGAUGUCUACAGCUUUGGCAUUCUCUUGUUAGAAAUGUUCACCGGGAAGAGACCCACUGAUCGCAUGUUCGGUGAUGGCUUGAAUCUUCAUUACUAUGUGAAGACAGCUCUCCCUAAACGUGUUACAGACAUUGCAGAUUCACUAAUUCUUCAAGGAGGCAACAUCAAUGUUGAAGAAUCUCACAACAUGUCGAGCUUGAUUUUGAUAUUUGGAAUUGGACUCGCCUGUUCGGUUGAAUCCCCAACAACCAGAAAGGCUAUCAGUGAUGUUGCAUAUGAAUUGCACUCAAUUAGGGAAAAUCUUCUCAACUAGCUAGAAAUCUAGAACCAUCUAAGUACGUUACAAAUGGAUU